CAGCUCCCCCCCAGCAGAGCCCCCCCAGGACCCCCCCAGCCCGGACCCGGUGUCCCUGGCCCGCCGGCUGUUCCUGCUGCAGGGGUGGCGCAAGGCCGAAGUGGCGCCGCUGCUGCGGCAGCCGACGGAUUUCAGCGCCCGCCUGGCCCACGAGUACCUGGAGCUCUUCCAGUUCCAGGGGAUGAGCCUGGAGCAGGCCCUGAGGCAGUUCCUGCGGGCGCUGGUGCUGUCGGGGGAGACGCAGGAGCGCGAGCGGGUCCUGAGGCACUUCUCGAGCCGCUUCCACCGCUGCAACCCCGGGGCCUUUCCCUCCCAGGACUCGGUUCACACCCUCACCUGCGCCCUGAUGCUGCUCAACACCGACCUGCACGGCCAGCGCCUGGGCCGCCCCAUGAGCAGCUCGGAGUUCGUGGCCAACCUGAGUGGGCUGAUGGACGGUCGGGAUUUCCCCCGGGAGCAGCUCAAGGCUCUGUACGGCUCCAUCCGCAGCCGGAAGCUGGAAUGGGCCACGGAUGACGACGAGGACGACGCCGGCGCCGAUUCCCAAAAAGCCAAAAAAGGCCCAAAAUUCCCAAAUCCCGAAAUUCCCCCGGAGCUGCCGGGGGGCCCCGGCCCCGCCCCCAGGGGGGUCCUGGCCAGGAAGGUCCUGGCAGAGAGCGACGGCAAAAAGGCGCCCUGGGGCCGGCGGGGCUGGAAGCAUUUUGGGGCCGAGCUCCGGGGGUCGCUGCUGCUGCUGCAGAGGGACCCCCCCGAGGGUCCCCAGGAGAUUUUGGGGCUCCCCCACGCCCUGGCCCGGCCGCACCCCCAGUACAGCAAACGGCCCCACGUGUUCCUGCUGCAAACCUCCGACCGCCGCCAGUUCCUCUGCCAGGCACAGAGCGGGGCGGAUCUCUCCCGUUGGGUGUUCGGCAUCAACGUGGCCGCGGCGCUUUCGUCCUCGCCGCCGUUCCCGGCGGCCGUCGGCUCCCGGCGCCGCUUCGAGCGCCCCAUCCUGCCCUCGGCGCCCAGCCGCUGUCCCCCGGAGCAGCAGCUGUGCCAGCUGCGCCGCUGGCUGGGCACGGUGACGUGCCAGCUGCUGGAGCACCGGCGGCUCCUGCCCGAGGGACGGCCACGGGAGCAGGAGGAGCAGCGGCUGCACGGGGAGUUCCUGGCCCAGGAGCGCCGCCGCUGCCUCACCUACGUGCAGGCGCUGACAGCGUGGCUGCGCGGUGACAGCGGUGACAGCGGUGACAUCGGUGACCUGCCGGCCCUCGGGGACACCGCCGAGCUUGGGGACAUCCCUGAGUGUCCCCUUGGGGACAUCGCCGAGUGUCCCCCCGUGCCCGCGCCGCUCACCAAGUGCCACUCCAGCCCCUCGCUGGCACCGGAGCCGCCCCCAGGCCGCGUCCGGCGCCACAUCUCGGAGCGGCGGGCCACGCGUGUCACUGUCCCCAAACGCCACCGGGACCGCCUGUGACACCCAGGAUUGUCCCCUCAGCUGUCCCCAAGUGCCACCAGGACCGCCUGUGACACCCCCAUGGGGACCCAGGGACAGGGACACCCCAAAGUGCCACCUCAGGGACAAGGCCAGUCCCAAUGUCCCCUCCAUGGGACAAGGGACACCCCAAAGUGCCACCUCAGGGACAAUCCCAGUGUCCCCCCACAAAGUCCCCAGUGAUGUCCCCAAUGAUGUCCCCAAUGUCCCCUCCCCUCCCCCCGGUACGAGGUUUUUUUUUGGGGAGUUCUGCUCUGAGCCCCCCGCCCCAGGAUUGGGAACAACUCAGGGAAAUCUCACAAAUCCCAGAAUUCCCAAAAAUUCCCCCCAAAAAUCCCCAAAAAAAUCCCAUUCCCCAAAUUCCCUAAAUUCCCAAAAGUUUCCCA